UAAAAACCCCAAACUUAUUAUAGCCGCCGAAACUCUCUCUAUCUCUUUCACAACAUUAGGGUUUCUCUUUACCCCUUUCAAAACCCCCUUAUUUCUAGGGUUUAUAUCCAUUCUUCUUCAAGAUCCAAUCAUUCCACCGCCUCAGAUCAUGGCCGCCGUUGCUCCUCCUGCAGAUCAAGCUACUGAUUUGUUGAAAAAUUUAUCAUUGGAUUCUCAGUCCAAGACUUUGGAAGUUUCAGAGCCUGUUAAGAAGCCAUCUGUUGAGUCAGCUGACAAUGGGAAUGGUCAAAGUCAACCUGUUAAUCGGUCACUUACUCCUGUGAUUCCGGAUGUUAUGGAUCCAACUGUCGCUUAUUUUCCUAAUGGUUAUGCUUCUUCUGCGUAUUACUACGGAGGUUAUGAUGGGGCUGCUAAUGGCUGGGAGGAUUACUCGAGAUACGUAACCCCUGAUGGAGUUGAUGCGUCUCAUGGUGUUUAUGGAGACAACGGGUCAAUUAUGUAUCCCGGUUACGGUUACGCUCCAUACGGCCCAUAUUCUCCUGCCGGUUCACCUGUACCGACAUCCACCCAUGAUGGUCAACUCUACGGAGCCCAACAGUACCAAUACCCGAGCCCGUACUUCCAACCCAUGACCCAACUCACAGUUCCUCCUAAAAGUGAUAUCGCGAAAGCCACACCCACUGGUCAACCACCACUGACUGUGGACAAUGCCAAGAACGGGAUUCCCAGUUCCACUGUAAAGGGAAAUACCGGUCCCACUUCAGUCAGACCUGCAGCAUAUCAGAAUCCGGUUUUUAACCCCAGCAGGGGUACACAAACCGGGUUUCAGGAUCCAAGAGUCUACUCCUCGGUUCCGUGGUUAGACAGCCCCGAUUAUGCUAAUGGACAACUUAGAAACAAUAAUAGUUCUGUUCCGUUGACAAAUGUAAACGGUUUUUCGUCAAAGAAUCAAAAUGUUCGUCCUCAUUCUCAUCUUGCGAGUUCAAAACCGAUGUCCGGCACAAAUACAGCAAGCGGAUAUAUGAACAGAAUGUAUCCAAACAAGUUAUACGGGCAAUACGGGGGUGCGUACGGGUCGGGUUUGGGUUUUGGAGCUAGUCCGUACUGGUCACCAAACGGGAACAGUUGGUUAUCAUUUAACAACAGUUACAAACCUCGGGGAAGAGGCAACGGUUUUUUCAAUUACGGCAAUGAAAACAGUGAUGGACUGAACGAGCUAAACCGGGGCCCACGAGCCCGAGUCGUCAAAAACCAAAAAGACCCAAUUCGAGUCACCGUGACCAUCAAAGGGCAAGAUGGUAAUUUGUUAAAUACCGAUGUUGAGAAAGAUAAGACGUGUAUGGCUCCAGACAGAGACCAAUACAAUCUACAAGAGUUUCCCGAAACCUAUACAGAUGCUAAGUUUUUUAUUAUUAAAUCGUAUAGUGAAGAUGAUGUUCAUAAAAGUAUAAAGUAUAACGUUUGGUCUAGUACACAAAACGGAAAUAAGAAACUCGAUGCUGCAUACCAAGAGGCCCAACAGAAGCCUGAAAAAUGCCCUGUCUUUCUUUUCUUUUCUGUCAAUACAAGCGGUCAAUUUGUUGGUGUUGCGGAAAUGGUGGGCCCAGUUGAUUUUAACAAAAGCCUGGAGUAUUGGCAACAAGACAAGUGGGUCGGUUAUUUUCCCGUUAAGUGGCAUAUCGUUAAAGAUGUGCCGAACAGUUUGUUGAAGCAUAUUAUACUUGAAUACAAUGAGAAUAAGCCUGUAACCAAUAGCAGGGACACCCAAGAGGUGAAACUAGAGCAGGGGCUGCAGGUGAUCAAAAUAUUCAAAGAUCAUUCUAGCAAGCAAUGCAUAUUGGAUGAUUUUGAGUUUUACGAAGAACGACAAAAGAGAAUUCAAGAGAAGAAGGCAAAACAACAGUUUCAGAAACAAGCAUGGGAAGAAAAGGCGAGCAUGGUCGAGAAGAACAAAGCAGAGAUAAUCGCCACAGAUUUGGUCAAAGAAGAGGUCAAACCUACUGAGAAUGGGUCGGUCGUUGAAAACGGAGGGACAGUUGGCUGUUAAAUGUGCGAAAUACGGGUGGAUCUAUGAUAUUUUAGAAGUUUGGGUGGAGAAGGGGGUGUAAAAUAGGAGGGCUCGCAAUCCGGAGCUUCUCAGUAUGUAGUCUUUUAGCUAUUCUAAAGGGUUUUUCAUACCUUUUCUGUUUUUGGUUUGAUGUUCUUUUCGUUGCGUUUGUCGCGUUUUUGUCUUUUUGAUGUUUAGUUAUUUUUGCUUGUUUGAUUAAGGAUAAGGAGUAGGUUUAGUUUAAUCCUGCCUUGUAAAUCUGGUAUGAUAGGACAGUUAAGAUUUUGUGGUUUGUUCUCUGGGACAAUUAGCUAGAAGUGCAGGGUGGGAUGUUGGACAUUGCAAUACAAAUUUUCAGUUGAAGUUUUGCACU